AUGCGCCUGCUUGGGAUCAUAUCGACAGCGCUGCUGUUGGCGGCCUCCGCGGCCGACGCGGCCUGCGACCCGAGCAAGUGGACGCCGCCCAGCGACGGCGUGUACAACACCACCAGCCGCGUCGACCCCGGCAAGCUCAACGUGCAUCUCAUCGCGCACUCCCACGACGACCCGGGCUGGCUGGUGGGCGUGGACCAGUACUACAUGGAGAAGGUGCAGUACAUCCUGGACACGGCCGUGGAGGAGCUGGUGCGCAACCCGGACCGGCAGUUCAUGUUCGUGGAGCAGUCGUUCUUCCAGCGCUGGUGGCACCAGCAGGGCUCCGAGGUGCGCGGCGUCGUCAAGCAGCUCGUGAAGGAGGGCCGCCUGGACCUCACGGUCAACGGCGGCUGGUGCAUGCACGACGAGGCCACGCCGCACUACAUCGCCAUGGUGGACCAGACGGCGUACGGCCACCAGCUGCUCAUGGACGAGUUCGGCGUGAGCCCGCGCAUCGGCUGGCAGAUCGACCCGUUCGGCCACUCGGCCACGCAGGGCUCGCUGCUGUCGCAGGGCGUGGGCUUCGACGCGCUCUACUUCGCGCGCAUCGACUACCAGGACUACGGCAACCGCAAGAAGAACAAGGACCUCGAGUUCAUCUGGCGCCCCAGCAAGUCGCGCGGCAAGGCCUCGCAAGUCUUCACGGGCGAGAUCAUCGACCACUACUGUCCGCCCGGGAAGUUCGACUACGGCAACAACGGCAACCAGAUCCAGGACGACGCCGACCUGCACGACUACGACGUGUGUGACGAGGUGGAGCAGUUCGUGAGCAAUGCCAAGAUGCGCGGCGCAGCUUCAAAGGGCAACCACGUCUUCAUCCCCAUGGGCUGCGACUUCCAGUUCGACAAUUCUCGCCGCUGGUUCAAGAACAUGGACAAGCUGAUCCACUACGUCAACCAGGACGCGCGUGUGAAUGUGCUGUACUCCAACUUGUCGUACUACACUGACGUCAAGCGGGCAGAGGGGCUCACUUGGAGCGUGAAAACCGACGACUUCUUUCCCUACGCUUCAGCGCGGGACGACUACUGGUCGGGAUUCUUUACUAGCCGACCGACGUUGAAGCGCUUCGCCCGUGUAGCUAACACGCUGCUCCAGCAGAUGCGGCAGAUUGAUGCUCUGUACCAGAGCCAUCACUCCAGUAAACUUGUCGCACUACAGCGCGCUGUCGGGCUAGUGCAGCACCACGACGGCCUCUCCGGAACUGAGAAGCAGAGCGUGGCCGACGACUACGCUCUCCGCCUGAAUGACGGCAUCAUCCAGGCCGAGAAGGAGCUGAACGAGGUGCUCUUCGUCAUCGGAGAGAAGGAGCCGUAUCACCUCUGCCUGCUCGCCAAUACCAGCGUGUGUGACGUGUCCACACACAACGCCGAGUUCGAGGUGCUGGUGCACAAUGCGCUGGCCCGCACGACUGUGCAGACGGUGUCAAUCCCGAUCACACACAAGUCGGCUGCGGCGACGGUGCUGUCGGGAGACGCAAGUAUCCGCGCGCAAGAUGUGUUUGUGGCGUUGCCGGUGCACCCUGUGACGCAGGUUGCUCCGUACUCGUUCGUGUUCAGCGUGGAGCUGAAGCCGUUGAGCACAUCUCGACUGCUGGUGAAGCAAAGUGAUGCCAGCGAUAUUAGUAUCGGCAACACUAUCGUGCACGAGCAGAAUGUGAGUGAGGACGUGGAUGACGAGGUGGUUGUGCUGGAGAACCACCACCUCCGAGCUGAGAUCAGCAAGAAAACAGGCUCCAUUACCAAGCUUGCAAACAAGAAGAAGAACAUCCAGAUCCCGCUGUCGCUGGAUGUGGCGUACUACCAAGCGUUCCAAGGUGACGGACCCAAGUCUGGUGCGUACAUUUUCCGUCCUGACUCGAACAAGACAUACCCGGUCACUGAUGGUGCUUCCAACGGCGCCGCGUCGGCCCCUUUGCCUGAUGUUACAAUGGUGGAGCUGCAAACCACCAGCCGCAGUAAUGCUAUGAGUGUGCCCCGCGUGGCGUUCAAGAUCGGCAGCUGGGUCACACUUGAGUAUCGGGUCAAUGACGACGACAAGUUCCUCGAGAUCGAGUGGACCGUCGGUUCAGUCCCAAUUGACGACAAGAAGGGCAAGGAGGUCAUCAUGCGCUUUGACGCUGGCGAGAGUAUCGCGUCCGACGGCACGCUGUACACGGACUCGAACGGACUGGAGUUUGUGAAGCGCGUGCGCAACCACCGUGACACGUGGAAUCUGACGUUGCACGACGACCAGGAGGGUGUGUCGGCCAACUAUUUCCCCAUUACGACUGGCGCCUACAUUAAGGACUCGAAGCGCCAGCUGAAUCUAGUGACAGACCGUGCGCAGGGAGCGGCGAGUCUGGUGGAUGGCCAAGUGGAGGUAAUGGUGCACCGACGUCUACUCGCGGAUGAUGGCAAGGGUGUUGGAGAGCACUUGAACGAGACGGAGUCCGUGCUCGACUCCAACGCGAAGAAGCACGUAACCAAGGGUCUGGUGGUGCGCGGCAACUUCUUCAUUAACGUCGACUCGGCCGAUGAUGGCAUGCGCAGCCUGCGAUCAAAGAUGGAGUCGCAGUUCUUCCGUCCGCUCACGGCCUACCGCAAGCCGGUAACCAGCGACGUGAAGGCGAAGGUGCCGUGGCUGACCGUCGGCGAGUUCCCUCCGAGCGUGGGUCUGACGACGGUACAGGAGCUGUCGAAGCAGUGUCUGAUGGAGCUGGGCGCAGAGGACAACCGCGUUGGUCUGGAGUGGAAGACGACGGACGAUGCGUACGGCUGGUCCCCGCAGUCGCUCCCUGUGAAGGGCACGACGGUGACGCUGCAGGCGAUGGAGGUGCGCGCGUUCCGCGUGUGCUUCUCGAAGGGCGAUGUUACUGCUGUGGAGGCGGAGGAGUCUGGUGAAAAGAACAAGGCUGAGGAUGUGGAGGACAUCGAUAACUGGGAGCAGGAGGAGGGCUAUUCGUUCGGUGCUGCGCUGCAGGACCUGGCGCAGAUGAUCGCGGAGCUGGGCGCAGAGGACAACCGCGUUGGUCUGGAGUGGAAGACGACGGACGAUGCGUACGGCUGGUCCCCGCAGUCGCUCCCUGUGAAGGGCACGACGGUGACGCUGCAGGCGAUGGAGGUGCGCGCGUUCCGCGUGUGCUUCUCGAAGGGCGAUGUUACUGCUGUGGAGGCGGAGGAGUCUGGUGAAAAGAACAAGGCUGAGGAUGUGGAGGACAUCGAUAACUGGGAGCAGGAGGAGGGCUAUUCGUUCGGUGCUGCGCUGCAGGACCUGGCGCAGUUGAUCGCGGUUGAGUAA